AUGGAUAUCAAAGCGUUACACUUUGGAUAUCUGAUUUCAAAAGAAACAUUUUCUGUGCUCUGGAAACAGGAAGAUGUUUCAGUCAGAUUUGAUUUGAGAAAGAGAAAGUGGUUCUUCUUUCUUUCUCGUCUCUCUGAAGCAUACAAGCUUGAAAUGUCCUACGACAGCAUUUGGCAGAUUAAGCUCCAUCGACCACGUGGCCAAACUUCAAAGUUUCUUCUCAUUCAGUUACAUGGUGCUCCUAAGAUUCAUAAGAAAGAUGUCUCUUGUGCUCAUGGACGUUAUCGGUGGCUCCGAGUAGUUGAUUUCACUCCUUCACGUAGCAUUGGCCAAUCUUCUGCUCUAUGUUUGGAGCUUCCACAUGACGGUCGGAUUCCAAAAUUUAUGCUCUAUGAAGAAAAUGAAGGCCAAUUUGUUCUGCAUGAAGGGUCUAAUUUCUCCUGCAAUUCAGGUCUUGUCCCCAUUGUGAUUCCACCUCCAGGCUUCGACUUGCCAUAUAAAAUCUUGUUCAAGAUCAACUCCUUAGUUCAGCAUGGGUGUCUUCCUGGGCCAGCAAUAGAUAACAAUUUUUGUCGGUUGGUCGAUCCUAAGAGAGUAAAACUUGAGUAUAUAGAACGUGCCUUGGAAAAACUAUUUCAUUUAAAAGACUGCUGCUAUGAGCCUGUAAGGUGGCUUAGUGAGCAGUAUAAAAGAUACGCCACGGAUAGGCGACUUCCAACACAUCCUACUAUAUCUUUAGAUGACGGGAUGGUAUAUGUACACAGGGUUCAAAUAACUCCAUCUAAAGUAUAUUUCUGUGAUCCAGAGGUGAGUCUCUCCAAUCGCAUCUUGCGCAAUUAUCCUGAAGAUAUUGAUAAUUUUCUUCGCAUUUCUUUUGUUGAUGAGGACUUGGAUGAACUGCACUCGACAGUUUUAUCUCCUCCACCAUCUUCUGCGAAUGAGGAGGACAAGCGAACUAGCAUUUAUGAGAGGAUGUUGUCCACUCUAAGAAACGGAAUAGUUAUUGGUGAUAAGAAGUUUGAGUUUCUUGCCUAUUCAAACAGUCAAUUACACGAAAAUUCUCUUUGGAUGUUUGCUUCAAGAAAUGGUCUUACUGCAGCAGACAUCAGGGAGUGGAUGGGUGAUUUUCGUGAAAUAAGGAAUGUGGCAAAAUAUGCUGCCAGACUAGGUCAAUCUUUUAGCUCCUCGUGGGAAACUGUGGAUGGUGGCAGGCAUGAAAUUGAGAUGAUUCCUAAUGUAGAAGCUAAAAGGCUUGAAAUCAAAUAUUGUUUUUCUAAUUAUAUUGAUGUGGGACGCCACAUGCCAUCAAGGAUUGUAAUUACCGAAGAAUUCGCCCAAGUCCAGAAAGACUCCCCAAGGAAUCGAGAAGAUGUCCCGAGAGGUCAUCCGAGGGGCCAAACCGAUGCAUCUUUUGAGAAGCCAAGAAGCCUUUCUCGAGAAGCUUUUCCAGCCAACCAUCUUCCAAGAAGCCAAAAGAAGCCUCCCCUGAGAAGUUUUUACGGAGCAGCCAAGAAGCCUUUCCCGAGAAGCCAACCGAUGGGGCCUGAGACCAAGAAGGAAAGCAUGAAAGUUGGAUUGCAAGCAGCUGACACAUUAAUGGCGAGGAUCCAAGAAGGAAAGUCGUGAUUAACAAGUUGGAGAUUGAUGAAGAUUUUAUUUGAUUUGCUUCUAUUGUUCAUUAGGAUUUUAUUUGAUUGCAAUUUUCAUUAAUUUUAGGAGUUUUACUUAAAAGGCUUAGAUUUCCUUGCUUUCCAAAUUUUCAUGUUAGUAUAAAUAUUGAAC